AUGCAGGAACUCAUUGCUGGGUUGGAGAAAAUCACCUUUGAUCUUGAAGAUGAUGUGGAGAACCAGAGGGGAAUUGGGUUCCUGCCCUUCCCAGGAAUGGACAAAUCAGGGGUGGCUGUAUGUACCUUCUUUCUCAAAGGCCUCUGUGAGAAAGGUGAUCUCUGUCCCUUCCGGCAUGAUGACGGGGAGAAGACAGUAGUAUGCAAACAUUGGCUCCGGGGCCUUUGUAAGAAGAGUGACUACUGCAAAUUUCUGCACCAAUAUGACAUCACCAAGAUGCCCGAGUGCUACUUCUACUCCAAAUUUGGAGAAUGCAGCAAUAAAGAGUGCCUUUUCCUUCAUGCUGACCCAGCCUCCAAGAUCCGAGAUUGUCCUUGGUAUGAUCAAGGUUUCUGCAAGUAUGGUCCUUUGUGUAAAUUCCGCCAUAUGAGAAGAGUGCUGUGUACCAACUACUUAGUUGGCUUCUGUCCAGAGGGACCUGGUUGCAGAUUUACACACCCCAAGAUGACUCUGUUACUGCAUAAUACAAGUCGCUCAAAGAAUGUAAGUCAACCACAUGGGUCAACAAAACUUGCUUCCAUUGUGGAAACAUCUUUUGAGCAUAGUCAGCAAGAGAGCCCAUAA